GAUUUCCAAAAUAAAUAUUUUUGAAAGCCCUAAAUGAAGAUGUUAGGAGUUAAAACCUUACUCUUGGUUUUAAUUUUAAGUGUAAUGUUAGCGUCGAUGGUAACAGAAGCUGCAUCUGGUAAUAAGGUUAAGCGUGUUAAGCCUCGCAAACCCGUCAAACCUGUACAAGAACUUUUAACCUGCAAGAGCCGUAGAAGUAAGUGUUUCAUGAAGCGCAUCAAAUGUCCCGUAGAAUGCCCGAAAGUUAAGCCAAAGAACCCAAAAGACAAGGCUUGCUUUCUUGAUUGUUACUCGCCCAAAUGUGAGGCUGUUUGCAAAUCACGUAAACCAAAUUGCAAUGGACCUGGAGCUGCAUGUUAUGAUCCACGGUUCAUAGGUGGUGACGGAAUUGUAUUCUACUUUCAUGGAAAGAGCAAUGAGCAUUUCACCUUGAUAUCUGAUUCAGAUCUCCAAAUCAAUGCACGUUUUAUUGGACUUCGACCUGAAGGUAGAACUCGCGACUAUACAUGGAUCCAAGCAUUGGGUCUCAAGUUUGGCUAUCAUAAUUUUACCCUUGAAGCAACAAAAGCCGAAAAAUGGGAUGAUAACGUUGACCACCUAAAGUUAACACAUGAUGGAACGGAAUUGUACAUUCCGGAGGGCGAUUCUUCUGAAUGGAGUUCAGCCAAAGGUGAUAUACAAGUUGAAAGGACUUCAACAACUAAUAGUCUAACAAUCACUAUACAUGAUCUUGCAGAAAUAUCGGUUAAUGUGAUUCCUGUAUCCGAAGGAGAUAGUAAGAUACAUAACUACCAGAUUCCUUCAAAUGAUAGCUUUGCACAUUUAGAGGUGCAAUUUCGAUUCUUUGGGUUGUCAUCUAAUGUUGAAGGGAUUCUUGGUAGAACUUAUCGUCCUGAUUUUGAAAAUCCAGCAAAACCAGGAGUAGCAAUGCCGGUGAUUGGUGGUGAUGACAAGUACAAGGCUAGUUCACUCCUCGCAACAGAUUGUGCACUUUGCGUGUUCUCUCCCGAUGGUACUAAGGAUGAACAUGACUCGCUAAUGAUGGAAUAUGGCAUGCUAGACUGCAAAGGUGGAGGAAACGGAAUUACAUGCAAGAAAUAAGUCUAUUGCAUUAUUUAAUAUAUCUUAAGAAUGAUUCUUUUUAUAUGAUUGUAUUGAUUAAUUUGUGUUCAACAUGUAUGUGUGCUUAUUUUAUGUAUGUGUGCUUAUUUUUUAUUGUUGUGAGAAAAUGAAAUAAAUGAAUUAA